CCACGAGCUCCAAUCUACGGAAAUUGGAAAUGCCCAGCACCUUGUACUUUAGCCGGCGGAUAAAUAGGCGGCCAUUGCCAUCAAUAUUCUAAGUCAAGAUCACACAUCUACAAGUAUUCAUAUAAUCAGGAUAGAUCCUCCCUCAUCAACGUAUCCAUACCACUCAUAUUGUGGCAUAUCGAAAAUUUAAGCCAGUCAAGUUCACGUUCAAUUAAUCAACAUCACCAAAAUGCCUCAGUCUAACCCCAAACCUUUGAUCUCGCACCUCUACACAGCCGACCCCUCAGCCCACGUCUUCAACCAAAAGCUCUACAUCUACCCCUCCCAUGACCGCGAAUCUUCCAUCCCUUUCAACGACAAUGGCGACCAAUACGACAUGGCCGAUUAUCACGUUUUCUCCAUCGACACUCUAGCUCCCCUCACCUCUACCUCCACAGAGAAUGUGAAAGUGGAGGUCAAAGACCACGGCCCCGUCCUGAAAACUGAGCAGGUUCCUUGGGCUUCGAAGCAACUCUGGGCCCCUGAUGCGGCGGAGCGGAAUGGGAAGUAUUAUCUGUAUUUCCCCGCAAGGGACCAUGAAGGGUUGUUUCGUAUUGGGGUCGCGGUUGGGAAUGCGCCGGACGGGCCUUUUGUUGCGGAGGAGACUUGGUUGAAGGGGACUUUUAGUGUUGAUCCGGCUGUUUUUGUGGAGGAUGUCAGAGAUGGGCAUGAAGAUCAAGACGGAGAUGGGAAGGAAGCGUACAUCUAUUUUGGAGGGCUAUGGGGGGGCCAAUUGGAGAAGUGGGUGAGGAGCGAGGAUGGAGAGGAAGGAGGGGAGGGAUGGGUCUACGACAAAGAUGCGAAGGAACCGACUGGACCAGGAGCUCCAGCGCGCGAGCCUCUCGUCGCGAAACUCUCGCGCUCAAUGACAGAGCUUGCGUCCCCCGUUCGUCCUUUGGUCAUUCUUGACGAGUCUGGGCAGCCGCUAGCGGGGGAUGACCACGAUAGACGCUUCUUUGAAGCCUCCUGGAUGCAUAAGUACAAAGGCGUUUACUACUUUUCCUACUCGACUGGCGACACGCACUACCUUGUGUAUGCAACUGGGUCUUCACCUUGGGGCCCGUUCACGUACCGGGGACGAAUACUAGAGCCUGUGCUAGGGUGGACGACGCACCACUCGAUUGCGGAGUUUGAAGGGCGCUGGUGGCUGUUUUAUCAUGAUUGCGAGAUUUCGGGGGGACAGAGUCAUUUGAGGAAUGUUAAGGUACGGGAGAUUGGAUAUAAGGAGGAUGGGAGGCUAGGUUUAUGCAAAACCCCUUCUGGCACCUCGUCUUUCAUGCUGGAAUUCAACUGUCCACGCCAGACAGGGCAGGGUUGUAUAGACAGUCUGCUAGAGUUUGCCGCUCCUCGAGGAAUUUCUGAGUCCGGUGGCGCAACUAUACGGAUAGCAACAAUGAACUACUAA